CCGAAGCAAACCCUCACUAAACCUUAGGUUACUUUCAUACUGUUUAUAAGCUCAUCCGUACUUUUAGCCUACACGCGGAUUUCCGACGUUCGAUCUAAACGUAGUUCCUUCGUUGGAAUUAGACUGUUGAUUCAACGUUGUUGGAGAGCUGGGUUUCAAUUCCUACAUUUUCUCCCGCAAGAUUGUGUUUGAACCUUUACUGUACCGAAUCCACAAGUCUUGGAGCCCGAACGUGAGAGGGGAAGGACAAGAAAAAGCCAAAAAGGCUAUCUGAAACAUGCUCUCCUUGUUGUGUCUCAUGAUGUUUGUUCCACGUGUGUUCUCCUCAUCGACACCGCCGGCUGUAAUCUUCCCUCAGGACCCGGCGUUGCGGAUGGGCACCAGCCUGACUGCCACGUGCACAGUGAGCCCCGAGCGGGGGCUGCAUGCCAACACUAUGUACUGGACCAUGAACGGGAAGAGACUCCCUAGUAGCACGUACGACCUGCUGAGCCCCAACGGCCUCAGUGUCACUCUGCACCACCUCAAUGGCUCCCAGCAGCAGUCUGGGGACAACCUGGUGUGUCACAGCGGUGACGGACAUGUCCUGGCUGGCUCCUGUCUCUACGUGGGCAUGCCCCCGGAGAAGCCGGUCAACCUAACCUGCUGGUCCCGAAACACAAAGGACCUGAGCUGCAAGUGGACCCCCGGGGGUCGGGGCGAAACCUUCAUCAAAACCAAAUACACCCUCAAGUACAAAUUGAGGUGGUACGGGCGAGAGAGGGAAUGUGAGGACUACAGCACGGGGCAACACUACACGUGUUACAUCCCCCGGGACUUGGCCCUCUUUACUCCCUACGAGAUCUGGGUGGAGGCGUCCAAUCAGCUGGGGACUGCCACCUCUGAUGUCAUCACUCUGGAUAUCCUGGAUGUGGUGACUACAGACCCUCCAGACAACGUCCAUGUGAGUCGUGUGGGGGAGCUUGAGGACCAGCUGACAGUGCAUUGGGGCAGCCCCCCGGCACUCAAAGACUUCCUCUUCCAGGCCAAAUACCAGAUACGCUACCGACUGGAGGACAGCACUGAAUGGAAGGUGGUGGACGAUGUAGGUAACCAGACAUCGUGCCGGCUAGCGGGGCUAAGGGCUGGGACAGUGUACUUUGUCCAGGUGAGGUGUAACCCAGUGGGGAUCUACGGCUCCAGGAAGGCUGGGAUCUGGAGUGACUGGAGCCACCCUUCAGCUGCCUCCACACCCCAAAGUGAGCGGCUGCAGAGUGGGUCAUGUGAGCCCAAAUCAGGCGAACAGAACUCCACCCUGCGACGGGAGCUCAAGCAGUUCUUUGGCUGGGUUCGCAAACACUCCUAUGGCUGCAGCGGCAUGUCAAUCAAACUCUACGACCAGUGGCGGGUGUGGCUGCAGAAAUCGCAUAGAACGCGCAACCAGGUAGGUAAGAAUAAUAUCCCAUUUAUUUCUGUUACAACUCAGCAUAGGCUUCAGUUAUGUACUAUGACCAUGUACUACUAGGCUACUGUAGCUCCUUAUCACAACACCACCCUCUGUUGUCAAUGUGUUGAACUCCACAUACACCCUGAUUUUCUGACCCCCUUUGUCCUGAAUUGUACUUUUGUGAUGUGUUCAGCAUUGUGGAAGCACACAGAACCAUCAUUGCCCUAGAACUUGUUAAGACUUUCUGAAGUCUCAGUCUGUUUUAUGUUCAGGUAUGUGUGUGGUUUCCAUUUUAUUGUCACAAAGUACAGCUUAAUGUUGAUAUCCACUCAGUUUUAUGAGUCAUGCAAUGUCAUUUUAUUAUUUUAAUGGCAUAGACUCAUGAUUCUUCAGUCGAUUACCACAACAAAGAGAAAUGAGCAUGUUAAUAUAAUUAACAACCACUUUAAUAUGUUGCUUUUGUGUUGUCUCUCUGUGACGCGAGGAGAUUGUUUCACAACAUAACUCACCCCACUGAGCUCACCGCUGAGCUACAUCCUCUGUUCGCCCCCUGAACCUAAUCACUGGUUGUUAUGCUACUGAGGACAAGGGAACUGCCCGACACGUUUAGUUCACCUGAUUAGUGUGGCGUACCCUGAAUAAUGUUUGUGUUUAACUGCUCUGACAGCCUUGUAUUGAUUAACCUCAGAGAAAAAAAGUGCAGUUCAACUGGCUGUUACCUAUAAAGCUCAGACACCCAUACAUACCCCACAAGACAUGCCACCAGGGGUCUCUUCACAGUCCCGAAUCCAAAGCAAAUUCACGGCAACGCUCAGUAUUAUACAGCGCCAUGAUCGCACGGAACUCCCAUCUCCAAUUACUCAAGUAAACACCAAGAUUACCUUAAACAAAACAGAUUAAACAACAUCUCAUGGCACAAUAGUGACUGUGAAAUGACACACACACAAACAGGCACAUUAUUCUUUAGUUGUAUUGUUUGUAUAUCAUUGUAUUUUACAUUUGUG